AAUAUGCAUACCACCGCUACCGGAUACUUCCUUAAUAAGCGCGAUACUUCCCACAUCUGGGUUCCCGGCUAUGAUUUACUUCGUACCCUCCUACUCCAUGAAUCCCACGACAACCCUACCUCUGGGCAUUUUGGAGUCGACAAAACCAUGAAGACGUUGCAACGCAAUUAUUACUGGCCGGUCAUGGCCGACGACGUGCGCAAGUACGUGCCCUCCUGCACCGCCUGCCAGAUCAUGAAAUUAUCCCAUCAGCAAGCCGCCGGACUCGUACAGCCGCUGGAUCCGCUCGAGAGACCCUGUCAACACGUUACGAUGGAAUACGUGACAGGACUGUCGGCUGGUCCCAGCGGAAACGACGCCAUCCUUGUGGUCCAAUUUGCCCACACCAACGUCAACAGACUGCACGGACUGCCCACCGCCAUUAUUUCAGACCGAGACCCGAAAUUCACAUCGAAUUUAUGGCGCCACCUGUGGGACCAAUUCGGCACCAAACUACAAUUUUCCUCAGCCUACCACCCACAGACUGAUGGGCAGACCAAACGAGUCAACCAAACUAUGGAGCAACUCAUUCGGACUACCUGCACUGACCCACAGACAUGGGAGAAAUCCCUUCCGCUGCUAGAAUUCGCGUAUAAUAACGCGCCUUCCGCCACAACCCAUCAAUCCCCAUUUUUCCUCAACUACGGACAGGACCCAGUGGUACCCUCUACACCAAACAUCGAGACACCCGUGCCCCGGUCCCAGCGAUUUGCCGAAGACAUCCUCGCAGCCCGAGAAAAAGCAGCUGAGGCAAUCCGGAAAGCCAAUCUGGUCGCAAGCCAACAAGCCGACCGUCAUCGACGUGACAUCACUUACAAAGUGGAAGAUCUCGUACUACUCGACACUCGCAACUUGCGCCUGCCGAUCCCGAGCAAACUCCGACGUGACCAAUAUGGCAUAGCACCUGCUCGGAACACUCACCCCGACAGCUACAUCGUGAGCUAAGAGGCUUUACUCGUGGAUCCUAGAAACCUUCCCUCAGCCUUGAAGCAACAACGGUCCUGCUUUGCCAUCCCACGGCAGCAAGCUCUAGGUCGUUCAGCACACCCGUCGCGACGAGCCUCUUUGGCGCAGCUCUUCCCUGUCCCCAUCCUCUCGCGUAAACCUCAACCCUGUCUCCCCGCACCCUAGCGCCCGUGAGCAGUGCGCUGCGCGCGUCGCCCAUCGCCCCAUGCACUUCGACCCCUCCGCGUCUCUCCCGGCAGCCCGCUCGCCGCAUCUCGCUCGCCCCGCGCGGGUCUCCAACCUCUCCUCCGCCCUCCGCGCCGCCACCCCCGCUAUCGCUGACGGCGCAACUUUCGUUGCGGGAAACGAAUCUGCAGGCGCAGGCGCGGCGGGAAGCGCGCCAAGCGCAGAGGCCGCGGGG